CACCGGUUCAGGAGUGCAUCCGAGAAAUAUCCAUUUUGUAUUCUUAUAUUGAUUCGGAUAUGCCACCCUUGCCCCCCAAUUUGUGCAAGUUUAACCUUCUGUACGGCCGCCAAAAUUAUUGUGACGAUAAUGCUAGCGCUCCAAAGAUUGUUUUUCCACCGUCUCUCCAAAAAUUUGUUUCGGAAAUUCCGUGGCGAUCGAUAUCAGCGUAUGCUAAACUCCCUUCAACCUUUUAGAGAUUGGAGCUAGUAGAAGUCAAAGGCUUUUCUGCCGAAGCCUUCAAUGAGUUAAACUUAUCCGAUCUAAAAUCUUUACGAUUGGGAUACAUUUCCCUUAAAAACUUCGGUGAGUUAAGAUUACAUGGCUUGAAAGAUUUGCGUUUGGAAAACGUGUCAGACAUGACGGAGAUUGACGAGCACUUUAAAUUUCCCUCAUUGUUGGAGAAUUUGGAAGUUGAACAGCUGGGCAUUACUAACUUCGAACAACGGAGCUUACCUCUGGGGUUGCAGAAGUUGUUCAUUGUCGGUUGUCCUUUAAAGAGAUUUAGUGUGGAUACGUUUCCAGACUCUUUCAAAGAGUUGAUCUUAGACGGCACGGAUCUUUCAUCAUCUGAGAUUCGCAUUAUCAAGUUUCCUCCGAGCUUGGUUUCCUUACUGGUUAAUAACACCCUGUUAUCAUCGCUAGAUUUUGUCAGCUCACUACCUGGAUCUUUAGAAAUCCUCAACCUCACUGAAAACUCCUUUGGUCGUUUAAAUGAAACAGAUGAAGAAGCAGACACUACCAGAUCAUGCCAAAUUAAGUUCCCCAAGAAUCUCCAAGAGUUUGGUAUCAGAUGUAGUGAGCUGUUGUUUACCCUAUAUUCACCAGAAAACUUUGUCUUCCCUCCAAGUUUGGUGGAUUUGGACCUCGCAGGUACGAAUUUGGUAUCAAUUAAAGGACUCGAACUCCCUCCAACAUUGAACUCUUUAAGCUUGAGAAACAAUAAUUUAGUCUCAGUCGAUGGGCUCAGUCUUCCACUAGCCUUGACCUCCUUAUACUUGAGCUUCAGUAAGUUGGUGUCAGUCGACGGGCUCAGUCUUCCACCAACCUUGACCAUCUUUCACUUAUGUGACAAUAACCUUGAACUUCUUUCAAGGAGACUACCGGACAGCAUCCAAUCAUUGUAUCUUAUGAGAAAUAAGCUUAGUGAAUUGGAAAACUUCCACCUUCUGGUGAGUUGUACUAAGUUUGAGCUCUUCAGUAACCCACUUCAAAAGCUCCAAAUCUCCAAUGCAUAUGAUCCAGAUUUAAAACUCCGGGAGUUUGAGUUAAGUAACGUUAUCAUCGCCACGCUUCGUGACAUCUCUCCCCUUCCUCAAUGUCUCACUUCCUUGAAUAUUUCCAGUACAGAAAUAAACUCCUUGUAUGGUAUUCUGCUUCCUGUGGGGCUAAUCAGUUUGUGUGUAUACCUUACCAAGAUAACUUCAUUGGAAAAUGUUGAAUUCCCACCAUAUUUGGAAAGGUUGGAUCUCCUGAGAAAUCAAAUAUCCAACUUGAUCAAUGUGCACCUUCCAGAUAGUUUACUUGGAUUGAACCUUGAUGAUAAUAAGUUUAACUCAAUCGAUACAAUACAGUUUCCUCCAAAAUUGAAAGAAUUAAGGUUUGAGAGGAACGCGAUUGGCGCCAUCAACGAGUUGCAGUUGCCUGAAUCCCUUAAAAUGUUGUCUUUGGAGGAUCAAACGUGUGAGACCCUGCAGAAUAAUGCCUCCACACAAAGAGACAUUUCAGAAAAUAUCUUUUUAUCCAAGGAAAACGGCUUAUCGAGACUUACUGGACUAACCAAACUUCCUCCAAAGUUGGAGUAUUUAAAUUUAGGGGAAAACAGCUUGUCUGAUCAGACCAUUCAAAGCUUAGAAUCCCCCGCCAGCUUGAAAAUAUUAUUAAUUGAAAGAAUCACGUUCGACGACAAUGCUGAGUGGCAGAGAGAAUUCAAAUUGGCUCACCCUAGGAUGUCGAUUUACUGGUAAAUUGGAGUUCUCUCUGGACAAUUCCCUUCUCUUGGACACUGACCAUAACGAAAUGGGUAUCUAUAAUGAGAAAUUCGCGUAAGGAG